GACGUGAGUGCAGAGUCGAGGACCACAACUACUGCUGCGGCCGCAACAGAAGAAAAUUUGACGGAAGCAACGACACCUACGACCGAACCAGUCAAAGAACCGGCAAAAUCAAAUCCAGAUGAAUCGGAGAAGGAUAAAAAGAAGGACGUGGAAUCUGAUGGAGAGGAGAAGCAACUUCCUGGGUCUGAGGUGAUAGAAUAG